AUGUGUAGUGAUGUGUGGUGCCUGAGGUUGAAGACGAAGAUUCUUCCGCGAGAAGAACCUUCUUCCGGGCGUGUGGAAGUGGAAGUUGGAUAUUGUAGCGGAAGAAGGAGUUCUUCCACGGGCUCCUGCGGAAGAAAGGUGAAAAGGUUCUUCCGCGGGUUCCGGCGGAAGAAGGCGAAGAAGAUCAUGGUUAGAAUACGAGGUUUAGGUCAUGCGUUAGGAGUUGGUAGAGGUAGAGGCAUUAGUGAGGAUCCGCAUCAGGCUGAUGUUCCUCGACGUUGCAGGCCUAUUGCUUCAGCAUGUAGGCAACGGGUUCGUGUGCAUAAGGACAAUACAGAGAAACCUAAGGAUGUGCCUCAGUUGCAUGAGGGUGUUCCUCAUGUGUCUGAUGCUACCCCAGAGAUGACAGGCGCCGCCGAUGCUGUUCACACAGAGGGAGUGGCUAUUGAUGGAAGCUUGGGGUCACCUGCUGCAGAUGAGGGAUUCCCCGGUGGGCCACGCGACCCAUCCUUUUUGACAGGUUUUGCUGAGCAUGUUGCACACAGCAUUUGGAGUGGACAGGAACGACCCGAUCUGAAGUUGGUCUCCCACGAUAGAAAAGUAGAUAAAAUUGGGAGACCAGCGCCUGAGAUCGAAGGCAUGAUUGCUGCCACCGGAUUGAGUCCACUGAUCAGGUGUUCUGUUAUCACUACUGAUCCUGGACUCAUAUCCGUCUUCGUCGAGAGGUGGCAUCGCGAGACUAGCACGUUCCACUUGCCAGUAGGCGAGUUGAUGAUCACGCUGGAUGACGUGGCGUCACUCCUACACGUUCCCAUCACUGGCGCGCUGCAUAAGUUUGAGCCGCUAGUUACUUCAGACACGAUUGGUCUACUGAUAGAGCUUCUUGAGGUCAGUCAUGAGGAGGCUACAUUUGAGACCCGACAGGCUGGUGGGCCUCAUGUCCGGUUGGGGUGGCUUCGGGACUUGUAUGAGAGCCAGUGCAGGGCCAGACGAUGGGUUGCAACAGUCCGCACGUAUCUGCUCCACUUGGUGGGUUGUACUCUUUUCGCCAAGAGUUCAACCCAUGUACAUGUCGUGCACCUAGAGGCUUUCAGGGACCUGGCCCAGUGCUGGAUAUACGAGCACUUUCCUACAGUGCAUACAUGUGUCAUUCAUGAUGCUUAUGAUGAGGAGAGCCCACGGGCCUACAGGUGGCUUACGGGUAAGGCUCAUAUGACGGGGAUCCAGGGAGCCCCGUAUCGGAGACGUCUGGAUGCCCUGACUGUGACUGACAUGUGCUGGAUGCCCUAUGCUGAGCAUCGAGGAGUCAGGGGCUUUGACUUGAUAUUGUCACCAUUUGAUGCCUUCAGGGGAGCUCUGUGUAGUUCCUGGGUAGGUGGCGCCAGACUACAUAGAGUGGGUUUUCGGAUUUCGCACCCGUUCGUCACCUGGACCGAGGAGACUGCUGAGCCAAGACAUCCGCCUCCCCCUCAUGAUGAGGAGUUCGUUGAGCCACCCAUCCCUGAGGUUUCAGUCGCGUCCGAUCUCCCUACGCAUUCAGUGGUUGACUGCGAAGGAUGUCAGGUGAUGGCUGAGGAUUUAGGAGCGAUUGCUGAGGAUUUGGAGCGGGUCAUCAACCUCAGGAUGGUCACUGAAGGCACUGACUUAUAUGACAUCAUGACUCGUUGUCUGAGGAGAGCUAGAGGUGACGCCGCAGAUGGAAUUGGCCAUUGUUUUGCCUCUGGAUACGAAUUGCUUGACCACAACAACACCAUAGACGGUAAGGGACAACGAUCUUUCAGAUAA